AUGCAAUUUCAGAUUUGUUUUCUUGGGAAGUAUUAAAGUGAACAAGCUGGAUAUAGCAAUGGAAUACAAGCAAUGGUUAUUAUUGGUUGCUGCCCUGUGCUUAGGAUCUGUCUGUUCUCAAAAUAGAAAACAUCCACCAUAUGCGUGCCAAUGUCUGAUGGAUGUCCAGGCUAGAAAGAGGUGUGAUUCCACUUCUGCAGGCAUCACUGCAGAGCAAUGCACAGAAAAGGGCUGCUGCUUUGAUGCAACUGUGCCUGAUGUCCCAUGGUGCUUCAAACCUUCUGGAGAAAGAGCUUCACUCCAAUAUGCAAAGAGAAUGAUUGAACCGCAAGCAAGAGUGGACUGUGGCUAUCAAGGGAUCACGCGCAAGAGGUGCAAAAGGAUUGGAUGCUGUUUUGACCGAAAGGCUUCUGAUGCAUCAAUGUGCUUCUAUCCCCCGGUGAAUGAGGUUUCCCAGCAUUGUGUAAUGGACAUGAGCGCAAGGGAAGACUGUGGAUACCCAGGCAUCACUGCCGAAGAAUGCCAGGGAAGAGGAUGCUGUUUCAAUUCAUAUGUCGUUAGUACUCGGUGGUGUUUUUACCCAACAUCCAUAACAGGACCUCCCAAGAUGUGUGGAAUGGCACCAAACAAAAGAGUGGGUUGUGGAUACCCUGGCAUCUCUGCUGAUGAAUGCUUGAGGAAAGGAUGCUGCUUUGAACAUUACCAGUAUGUCCAAAAUGUUCCCUGGUGCUUUGAACCUUUGGCGAGGCAAGGGAAUUUUUCACUAUGAAGAACUGGAAGUAGUUUGGGGUGGCUGAAGAGGAUGUUUUGCAGAAUAAAGGACCACAGGAUUUCCCUU